GGCCGGAACUGUUAAGCUUUUUCCUGCAACAGUUGAGGGUGUGGGUGGCUUUUGACCUUAAGAGAGGGAAAAAUGGAGCCCAGGAGGGCAGCGCCUGGGCUACUCAGCCAGGCCUCUUUAGUGGGCACGGGGUCAGUCGCCGAGCUGGUAUACCAUCUAGCGGGGGCUCUGGGCACUGAGCUACAGGAACUGGCACGCCGUUUCGGACCCGACGCAGCAGCUGGGCUGGUGCCACUAGUAGUGCGGGCGCUGGAGCUUUUGGAAAAGGCCGCCGUGGGGCCGGCUCCAGACUGGGUGAACCCCUGGCUCCCUCAACUGCAGAUGUCCACACAGCAGGCCGAAGUGGAACUGCGGCGGCUGCGUGAGGAGAACCAGCGCCUCCGCCAGGAGCUAGGCUCCGAGCCGCAGGAGGAGCGCGCGCUGCUCCGACAGCUCAAGGAGGUGACAGACAGACAGCGGGAUGAGCUUCGGGCACACAACCGAGAUCUGCUGCGCCGAAGCCAGGAGACCGAAGCGCUGCAGGAACAGCUGCAGCGCCUCCUGCUGGUCAACUCUGAGCUGAGGCACAAGCUGGCCGCGGUGCAGACCCAAUUGAGGGCGGCGCGGGACCGGGAGAGAGAGCGCCAGACAGCUCGGGAUCGUUCCCAACAGCUGGCUAAAGAACAGAGCUUGGAGCCCGAUGCGGCAACCCCAGAUGACCCGGUGGAUGCUCAGAAGCAGUCAGGAAACCCUCCAGAGGCUGUCCAGUGUGGAUUCAGCAGGGAAGAGGUUGAGCAGAUCCUUCAGGAGCGGAAUGAGCUCAAAGCCAAUGUAUUCUUACUCAAGGAGGAGUUGGCAUAUUUCCAGCGAGAGAUGCUCACAGACCACCGAGUCCCUGGGCUUCUGCUUGAAGCCAUGAAAGUGGCAGUCAAAAAACAGAGGAGAAAGAUCAAGGCCAAGAUGUUGGGGACACCUGAAGAAGCAGAGAGCAGUGAUGAUGAGGAUGGCUCGUGGCUCCUGCUCUCUAAUGACAAGGAAGAUGUUCCCCUAGUUCCUGGGUCCAGAAUCCAGAAUUUCUUUGGCUUAUGGUAUCAGGGGGCAACUGAGGCCCCUGAAGCUGAGACCAGCAACACAGCUCCCAGCAGGACACAGGAAGGAGAAGGGGCCCCACCGCAACCCUACCUGCAACCUGUGGACAACCUUCCCGCCCCCAACUCCUGACUAGUCAGUCCUCUGCUCUCGGUGAACAUCUUGGUCUGAGGGCUUCAGCUAUGCAGAGGCUUAACUCUGGGUUCCAGCUAACUGUUCGUGGAUGUGUGACUUCAAAUGAGGAUGAGCCCUGCAACCCCCCAUACCUGUACUAGGCAUGAUGGGACUUCAGCCUGUCUCCCUUUCUUGACAUCUCUGUACCACACUUAAGAGCCAGAGAUAGGGGGCUGGAGAGAUGGCUCAGUGGUUAAGAGUACUGACUGUUCUUCCAGAGGUCCUGAGUUCAAAUCCCAGCAAACACAUGGUGGCUCACAUCCAUCUGUAACAGGAUCCGAUGCCCUGUUCUGACAGCUACAGUGUACUUACAUAUAAUAAAUAAAUCUU